CUUACAUUUGGAUUGACGGCGCAAUCUUUAUUAUGGUAAACAACUAAUUAAGUAUCUUUGCGGAUUCCAUUCCAGACUGGUCAUCGUUAUGAGUGUCAAAGACAUCCUAGAAGUUCCUGAUGCUACCCACCGCUUAGAUGUAGAUACACAAAAAUGUAUCAUUGCCGCUCAAAUGUACCCACAAAGGAUAACUCUUCGUCCCAUUUCUAAGCUGGAUAACCCGAAAAGCUAUCCCCGUCUGCUGAUAUCCGGUUCGUCGGAUGCUGUGUUAGUCGAUCCCAUAUCUAUCUGUUGUUGCAUAGCAGGGCCUAAUUGCAACUUGAACUCGGAAAUCCUUCAAUGGUUGUACCUUACUAUCACCGAGAUCAAGCCUUUUGCAAUCAAGAGAGCCUUGAGUAAACCCGACAAGGCAUACCUUGCAAAUGUCGGACAAGGUUUGGACACAUUUCUAACCAAAAAAAAAUUCUUAGUUGGCCAGUCAUUGACGGUAGCCGAUAUUUUUGUGGUCAUGGAGCUGAGGCCAGUCUUUCAAGGGCAGUUCACGCACAAAUUUCCCCAUCUGAAGCGGUGGUUCACCACUAUCAUGAGUCAAAAUGUGGUCCAGAGGGUGCUUGAAAAACAACCCCAAACUGACGAAAAGGCUUGCUCAACGGACAAUACGACAAAGUCAAAUACCACUUCAAAGAAACCCAAGAUCUUGUGCCUGCAUGGUUAUCGUCAAGAUGGAGACGGUUUCAGAACCAAAUUGGGAGCCUUGCGCAAAAUGCUCAAAUCAAAGGCCGAGUUUGAAUUCAUGACAGCACCUUUAAAAGUGCCUUCAAUGGGCCAAGAUCAAGCAGAAUCAGAUGAUGGGCAAUAUGGUUGGUGGUUUAGUCAAGCCCGAUCGGAAGGUGCUGAAAAAGAUUGGUUUAGCUCCAAACAAUAUUGCACUUGUUCGAAAGGAUUCGAGGAAAGCCUAACGUCCAUCAAGGCCCUGGUUGAAUCCCAUGGGCCUUUCGAUGGGAUUUUGGGGUUCUCUCAAGGAGCUGCCAUGUUACUCUUGCUCUCGUUAAUGCAGGCUCGUGGGCAGCUCUCCUUCUCUUUCAAGUUUGCCAUCUUGGUAGCACCCUUCCGAUCUCGGUCAAGUCAACACGAGCAUUGGUUUUUGAACGCCCCCAAGAUUGCAAUCCCAAGCCUUCUCGUUAUCGGCGAUGGGGACAAAAUCAUUGACCGGGAGAUGAGCGAUGAGCUACUGGAUUAUUUUGAAAAUCCUGAGAUCUUGAGACACGAGGGCGGUCACUUUGUUCCCGCCACCGGACAACAAAAACCUGCCUACAUUAGUUUUGUGGAUAAAGUGUCGUUGUUGUAAUUCAGUUGGAUUUUCGUAAUAGAAAAUGUAACCGCGGGGCGUAAU